AAGCAGAGAAGCAGGAAAUCAUUAUCCGGCGCAACAGUCACGGAAAAGAUCUCUCACUCUACUCUUGCCACGUGUCACAACUGCAAGCGUCCCAUCUCUUUCUCCACCCAAACCUCGAACUCAACAACCUAGUGAACCAAAUUUUUAUUCUCAUCAUCAAUUAUUAAUUAAUCACACACUGUGCAUGGUUGUUCCCUUGGGAUAGCAAUCGGAAGAAAUGGACCAUCAUGCGGACGCACAUCGCACGGACUUGAUGACCAUCACGCGGUUCGUGCUGAACGAGCAAUCCAAGCACCCUGAAUCGCGCGGCGAUUUCACCAUCUUGCUCAAUCACAUUGUCUUCGGUUGCAAGUUCGUUUGUUCUUCCGUUAACAAGGCUGGGCUUGCCAAGCUUAUUGGACUCGCUGGAGAGACCAACGUUCAGGGUGAAGAGCAGAAGAAGCUGGAUGUUCUUUCCAAUGAGGUUUUCAUGAAGGCUCUCAAAAGCAGUGGCCGAACUUGCGUCUUGGUUUCUGAAGAAGAUGAAGAAGCGACAAUAGUGGAGCCUUCGUUGCGUGGAAAGUACUGUGUUGUUUUUGACCCCUUGGAUGGUUCCUCUAACAUUGAUUGUGGGGUUUCCAUUGGCACAAUUUUUGGGAUUUAUGCGUUGAAAGAUGUCCAUGAACCAAGCAUAGAAGAUGUCCUGCUUCCUGGGAAGAACAUGGUGGCUGCUGGCUAUUGUAUGUAUGGAAGCUCUUGCACGCUUGUGUUAAGCACUGGAGCUGGUGUUAAUGGUUUCACCCUUGACCCAUCUCUUGGUGAGUUCAUCCUAACUCACCCUGACAUCAAGAUCCCAAAGAAAGGCAAGAUUUAUUCAGUGAAUGAAGGAAAUGCCAAAAACUGGGACGGUCCUACUGCAGCUUACGUUCAAAAAUGCAAGUUUCCAGAAGAUGGUUCAUCGCCAAAGUCUCUAAGAUAUAUCGGAAGCAUGGUAGCUGAUAUUCAUCGAACAUUGCUUUAUGGAGGCAUCUUUUUGUACCCUGCUGAUAAAAAAAAUCCAAAUGGAAAACUUCGUGUCCUGUACGAAGUCUUCCCAAUGUCAUUCUUGAUGGAGCAGGCAGGAGGACAGUCUUUCACAGGCAAAGAACGGGCACUUGAUUUAGUUCCAACGAAGUUGCACGAGCGAUCUCCCAUAGUCCUUGGUAGCUAUGAUGAUGUUGAGGAAAUCAAAGCUCUUUAUGCUGCUGAGGGUACAGAAAAAUGAACCUUGAAAGCUUCCUUCUUGUAUCUUUUGCUACUUGCAAGCACUUGUUAUUCAAUUUGUUACCGGCAGGGGCUUAUGAGAAAACCUGCUAUCUGGUCAUGUACAUGUUAAUAAAAGUUGUUAAUGUGCCUGCUUUGGUUUUGAUUAAAUUAAUAUUUUGCCAUGUUACUGAAGAAGGAUAAGUACUUACUUUCCCUUGAGAUGCAUUUCAAAGUUGAACUCCA